GGCAAUCAGAUCUUCAACAAUCGAUUUGGAGGGUUGUUUCUUGCAUCUGGUGUCAACGUUACAAUGAAAGAUAACAAAAUAUUGAACAAUCAAGAUGCCAUUGAGAAGGCUGUUAGCAGAGGUCAGUGCCUCUACAAAAUUUCAAGCUACACCAGCUACCCAAUGCACGAUUUUUACAGGUGUCACACCUGUAACACAACAGACCGCAACGCCAUCUGUGUGAACUGCAUCAAGAAGUGUCAUCAAGGACACGAUGUGGAGUUCAUCAGACAUGAUAGAUUCUUCUGUGACUGUGGUGCCGGGACACUGUCGAAUCCUUGCACGUUAGCCGGGGAGCCCACUCAUGACACGGACACUCUGUAUGACUCAGCUCCUCCUAUAGAGUCCAAUACACUGCAGCACAACUGAGCUCCAGACCCAUGGGCAGUAUGUGCUCCAGACACUUUACCUUCUGCAGUGGCACCAGGAAACUUUAAAUGCAUUCACUUUGACAAAGAUUACUCGAGACUUUCAAAUGACAUGCUUAAAGGAAAAAAAACCUGAUAAUGGAUGCCUCGCUUUUUUUUUCUUCAACUAUUCGAUAAAAAAAGAUGACGACAGAGGACAGGAGCAGCUGACUCAGGCACUGUGGGUGUGUUCAAAUGGUCAAGUGAAAAAACGCCAAGAGUCAUCCGUCUUGAGGAGGUGGAUGAACACUGCAGUGAUGUACAGGCCCAGAGCAAACAGGAACUCUCUCACGGAGCAGCGGCCCCAGUUUAGCAAUGCUUCCAACGUGAGCUGCGACGUGCUCCUAAUCCACGUACGGGAAAAUGACCUAGCACUUCAGCUUUUUUCCUCAAGACAACUGUUGAGAUUUGAUUUUAUUGCUUUGUGUAGUUUUGUAUUUUCAUGCAAAAAUCUUACUGUACUUGAAUGUCUUUAUUUUAUUAAAUGUGUUUAAUUUUUUGGUUAUUAUACCCUAGAAUUGCUGUAAUUAUACUCAUGUCACAGUAUCUAACUUCUUUCUGUGAAAGAGACCAGAAAAGAGAGGAAAACACUAAACAUUUUCUCCAGCCAUGUUGACUACAUUUGCAAUACAGUAACGUGCUGAUGCUGAACUGUGCUUUCACCAGACUUGCCCACAAAUGCAUUGGUCACAUUUGUUCUUACAAAUAUGGGUUUGAACUUAUUCUAUGCAUAAUUUUGUUUAAAGGGCCUAUAUUUAUUUUGUAUUAUUUUAGGAUGUAGCUUGUGUUGUAGCCGCUUGCCAAGUGUAAGACAUUUUCAAAUGUCAAGCUGCUCAUCACCAAAUAAAGUUUUUAUCUUUUGCCUUUUGUAACUGUAUAUUGUAUUUUGGUAUUACAAGUUGUCCUUGAUUCCUCAUCAAGAGAAUUAUACACAUCUUUUUAUAGCUGGGUUAUUUAUCAAUGGAAAGUGAGUAUUGUUUUGUAAAGAGGACAAGUCUUGUGAAAGCAUCACUUUGUGUGUUCUCUAUGGCCAACAUGUCUGGAGAAGUGAGAGGCUUUGACUCUACUGAAGCUGAGACAAGUGUCUAUAUACAGCCCUAUAUGGUUUCAUUAUCCCCCAUCCAUGUGUACUGGUGAUUGUGGGUUCUCAUACAGACUGAAAUGUAUGCAUGUAUCAUAACAUCUAGACUUAAUAUAUUGUGAAGUAUUCAAUAACCGUUAUGUAGGCGCUAGUGUGAAUUAAAAGGGUUUAAUUUCCUAGAUGAAACAUUGUCCUUUUUUAAAAAUAAACUUUAUUAGCUCAA